AUGGCAAAGAGGACAGUGUCACUUCUUCUUCUGCUGUUAUAUGGCGCUUGUGUCACAACCGCAGCACAAGUAUGCAGAAUGCUGAGCCAUCCAGUCCUGCCACUACUUUCUGAUGAAAGAGACAUCAACAUUGGGGCAGUUUUUUCACUCCAUAGAAAUGUUUUGUUAAAUAUACAUCCAUUCUCUUCUGAACCAGAGCCAACAAACUGCAUCAGCCUAAACUUGCGUGAGUUUAAAUUUGCUCAGACUCUGAUUUUUGCCAUAGAGGAGAUUAACAACAGCACACAACUGUUGCCUGGUGUCACUUUGGGCUAUAAAAUAUAUGAUGCCUGUGGCUCUGUAUCUCAGACUGUCUUAUCAAGCAUGGCUUUAAUGAAUGGCUAUGAAGAGACUUUGCAUGAUGAGUCCUGUUCUAAACCACCAUUUGUUCAUGCCAUUGUAGGAGAAUCAAGCUCUUCUCCCACCAUUGGUAUGGCCUCUUUAGUAGGUCCAUUCAGCAUCCCUGUUGUCAGUCAUUUUGCUACAUGUGCAUGCCUGAGUGACAGAAAACGAUUCCCGUCCUUCUUCAGAACAAUACCCAGUGAUUAUUACCAAAGUAAAGCGCUGGCUCAGCUUGUCAAACACUUCGGCUGGACUUGGGUUGGAACGGUGAGGAGUCGCAAUGACUAUGGUAACAAUGGAAUUGCAGCAUUUGAAAAGAUGGCAGAACAAGAGGGGAUUUGUAUUGAAUACUCAGAGGCCAUAAUUAGAACUGAUCCACAAGAGCAGCUCCUAAAGACACUGGAAGUGAUUAAAAAAGCCACAGCCAGGGUGGUGUUGGCUUUUAUUUCAUUUGGUGACUUUGUUCCCUUCCUGAAAUUAAUAGCACAAGAGAACAUCACUGGGCUGCAGUGGGUCGGCAGUGAAUCCUGGAUCACUUCUCGAAUUAUAGCAGAAACAAAAGAAUACAGUUUUCUCACAGGAACUGUGGGCUUUGCUGUGGCGAACGCCAAGCUUGACGGCCUGCGAGAGUUUCUAGUGACUGUGCACCCUGAUCAGGAGCCAAAAAAUGAACUUUUGAAGGAAUUUUGGGAAACUGUUUUUCAGUGCUCUUUGAGAAACACCGGCAGUGGCACACGUGUCUGUACUGGCUCAGAACACUUAACAGAACUACAAAAUGAAUAUACUGAUGUAUCAGAGCUGCGCAUAGCUAGUAAAGUGUACACGGCAGUGUAUGCUAUCGCACAUGCACUACAUAAUUUAAUAAAUGAUGUCAAAUCUGCCACCAACAUCAGCAAAGGAGAUCUGCCAACACCACUGAAGGUGUUGGAGUAUAUCAAAGAUGUCAGUUUCACUGUCAAAACGGGUGAAAAUUUAUUUUUUGAUGCUAGUGGUGACCCAGUGGCAAAAUAUGAUCUGGUGAACUGGCAGCCUGCUGAAGAUGGAAGUCUGCAGUUUAAACUUGUUGGUGUGUAUGACAGCUCACUGCCUUCAGAGACACUCCUUCAAGUUGAUCAAGAAAACAUGGUCUGGGCUGAAAACAGCAGACAGGUGCCUGUGUCUGUGUGCAGUGAGAGUUGUCCUCCAGGCACCAGGAAGGCUGUACAGAAAAGACGACCCGUGUGCUGUUAUGACUGUAUUCCAUGUGCAGAUGGAGAAAUCAGUAAUGAGACAGAUUCUAGUGACUGCUUUCCUUGUGAUUUGGAGUAUUGGUCCAAUGAAAACAAAGACACAUGUGUAUUAAAAAUUAUUGAAUUCCUUUCCUAUACAGAAAUCAUGGGGAUUGUGCUUUCUAUUUGCUCAUUUAUUGGAUUAUUAUUAACAUCAAUGAUAUCUUUUGUGUUUUAUCUUCAUAAAGAAACACCUAUUGUGAGAGCCAACAACUCAGAGCUGAGCUUCCUGCUGCUCUUCUCAUUGACUCUGUGUUUUCUCUGUUCACUUACUUUCAUUGGUCGCCCCACUGAGUGGUCCUGUAUGUUACGUCACACAGCGUUUGGGAUCACUUUUUCCUUAACAUAG